GGAGAGUCAUUGUUUCGUCCGGCCUUCUCCAGUCUUCUUCGCGCACUUUUCACGUUCGGUGCCCGCCUAGGUCCGCGUUUUCAAUUUUUAAAUGGCUUACGUCGUGUGGAGAGUGCUUCUGAAAAAAUAUAACAAAGUCAGACUUGGAUUACUCACGAAUCAGCAGCAACACCAACUGCCGCAACCGCCGGUGCAUUAUCAGGUGACUCCGAGCGAGAAAAGCCAUAGCCACUCGAGGGACCAUAGCAGCGAGGCGACGAAUGCCGAGGAUGGGGCCGGCACCGCUUGGGCCGACGAGUCGGAUCGGGACGAGGCCAAUUGUGAAUUCAGCAGGAAGACACUGUCCAAAUCGAAACGGGUCAAAAGUUAUAUCCAGAAGAAGUGCAAGCACGUCGAGGUCAAAGUCAGAUCCAGAUCGAAAUCGGGCUCCAGGUCGAACGCGUCAACCUCUUGGUACAUAAACCAGGAGACGCCGGAAGAAGUUCAAGACGACUCCCGGACGGAAGGAGGCACGGCUGUCAAGGUGAGCAAAGAACCGGACAAAAGUGAUGACGUCGAAGAAAGCAAAAAUUUAACCGGCAAUAAAGAUCUGGACAAUAAAGAAGACGACUCGGACACCGCCUCAGAGGGGACCCUCCUGGACGAAACUCAAUCCGAAGUCCUUCCCCUCCCUCUGCAGGGUAAAUGGGACGUCGGCUGUCUCGUCGACAAGUACUUUGGCCAAGUCUAUCCUCACUACGUAUCCGUCCGGGCACCACUCGUGAGGGAAGCUCGCGAUCUCCUCGUCACCAAGUUCUUCGGAGACACGGAAAGAUUCGAAAUGGAAUUCUGCGUUCCAGCCGCAGACGUCGCCAGAUCGCUCGCAGUGACAGCACAUAAACAGAAUUGUGGCAGUUAUCCAGAAGGGUGGCCUCUUUCGGUAAGAGGCGACCUCUGCCUCCACCUUUAUACGCCCGAUCCCGGGUGCCUGCUCCCGCGGGACGUCCACCUCUCACUCCACCUCCCGGAAGGGUCGACAGAAGAGGAAAGAGCCGAGUACAAAGCCGUAUCCAGGUCCGGCCGCGUCCUACUCCGUGGUCUGCCCACGCCUUCUUUGCUCAUGGCCCACGAACAGACGGACGCGUCCGACUUGCCAGGCCUGCUGCGCCUGCUCGUCGUCUCCGCGGAACGCUGCUUCGCUCGGGUACCGCUCUCCGAGCUGGCCUAUCCCAGGUCCGAAUCGCCGGUCCAGUACGGCACACCAGAGAGGAAGGACUCUUCCAACCAGACCCCGCCGAUGUUCGAGAUGGACUCUUCCAUACCACAUAUCGACAGCGACGAGGAACACGAGACUAGCCUUAAACCAAAAGACUACAUGACUUUCGUACCUGCUUUAAAAUUGAGUGAUAUACCAGACACACACCUCCUAUCCGGAAUAUACUUACCAGGUUGCCACGACAGCCAGGAGAGAGCAGUCAUCGUCGUGGAAAGCGAACAGGUCGAGAGGUACAGGAUGACUCCGUCAGAUGUUGCUAAGCUCUUGCACUACCUCUGCCAAAUACCACGAAAGUGCGAAAGGACGAGAAACGGAGUCUGCAUAUUAGUCGUAUCGGAAUCGUAUUUGGAGAACUUAGACUACGCCCUCGUUCUUCUAUCCCGUUCAUCCAUUUUGCAGCAGAAAGUCAAGAUAUCUUCUAUGAUCGUCUUCUCGAUUUCUGAAAGAAGGGAAGAGAAAAAGUUACCCAGAUCUGGAAUUAAGUACACAGUUGUGAAUAGCAAAAGUUCUUUGGAGGAGUUCCUGCCGGCGGACCAGAUUCCGACGACGUGCGGGGGCGACGUGAGCCACGACCACAUCGAGUGGUGCGAGUUUUUUAGAGAGUACGAAGACUUAAAAGAGAAGUGCACCGAAAACGGGCGGAGGAUGGUCCAGGUGAUGGCGGAUCUCCCGUCGACCGGCGAGUUGACGAGGAUGCAGGCUGUUCAGGAGGCGAGGAACCUCGCCAGGGCGGUCACGGACCCGGACCUCAACAGGCUGAGGACGAGAGGUCCCGCCGUCCUGGAAGCUCUCAGGCAAAGGGCUCUUUGGCUCCCGGCCAGUGAGGACGUCAGAAGCGGUCUGGAAGCUCUGGAAAGCCUUUACAACGAGGUUAUCGGAACGGCAGACAAAAUAGAAGAACUGUCUGAAAAGCGUCGUGCCAAAUUGAAAGACAUCGCAAGGAUCAAGGCUUUGGAAUCGGAAACUGAACAGGUCCUUUCAUGGUUGAGCCAUAAAGGAGACGACUGGCUGAAGAAACACAACGAUCUCGCGACGACUUUGCCCGGUCUGAAGCAGCAGGAACAGGAUUUUGAAAAGUUUUACUUCAUCUCCAUGAGACAUUUGGAGAAAGGUAGCGACCUAUUGGAAGAGGCGGUUCAAUGUUCGAGCCCAGGUUCUCAUGGUUUGAGGGAUUUGGCUCGCACCUUGAAAAACCACCUUAGAGGAUUCAGUGACCGCCUGGAAGACACCAGGGAACGCCUUGAGGACACAUCCAGGUGUUUCUGCCUCUUGGACAGGGCAUACGAAUGGGCAUUGGAAGCGAUGAAGUACAUGUCACGGAUAAAACCGACUGAAGACAUGCAGAAUCCAGAAACUAGUCUAAAACAGUUGAGGUUAUAUCUUAUGGCCCAUCCGGCACCGACAGAGGAUCAUUUCACAGAAAUGAUAGCGCUUGCAACAAAACUUGAUAAUGAUAAAUUGUUACAACAGUGCAAACUGGCGCAAUGUAGAUGUCAAGAGACGGUAGAACAGAUAAGAGAUCUGCUUGAUUCGGAAGAGGACAGCUUUACAAACAGAUGGCCAGGUUCGCCCAGGAGGAGAUCUCUGCCUUGCGGCAGAUCCGCCGAGUGGUCGUCUCACGUUUGCCACGUUCCCGGCCAUCAGCAAAACCAACGCUUGGGACAUAUACCGGAAGAAGGAAGGAUUGUCGGACGAGCGGGUAUACAAAGGUCGAACACCUGGCAGUAUUCUGCCGACGGAUUCGACGACGAAGAAGAAGACGAGGACAAGCUUUCAGCAGACAAUCGCACCGAAGGAAGCGAUCAAGGCAACAAAAGUUGCGACGAUAUAGAAGACAGUGAAGCUUGUUGCAAUAAAAAUAUCAGCCCGAUUCCAGUCAACAGUCAUCUUCAUUCUGAUCUGUCCGUCGAUGUAGACGGACAAUGUGGUGCUCAAACUUUAAAAACCAAAAAGACCAUGUUGUUAAUCAUGAAAGAAAUGAUUCAAACUGAACGUGACUAUGUCAGGUCACUGGAGUACGUCAUUGAGAAUUACAUACCAGAAUUAGUGAGGGAAGAUAUACCACAGGCACUAAGAGGACAACGAAAUGUCAUAUUCGGAAAUGUUGAAAAGAUUUAUGAGUUUCAUAGUCAACACUUUCUUCAGGAACUGGAAAAAUGUGAACACAGUCCAGCUCAAGUUGGGCAAUGCUUCUUAAGACAUGAAAAGAAGUUUUACUUAUAUGCUCUUUACAAUAAAAAUAAACCAAAGUCAGAUGCUUUAAUGUCUGAAUAUGGAACACAAUUUUUUAAAGCAAAACAAAUGGAACUCGGGGACAAAAUGGACUUAGCAAGUUACCUACUGAAACCAGUACAGAGAAUGGGAAAGUACGCUCUUCUUCUUCAGCAGCUGAUGAAGGCUUCGAGGCAAGAAGCCGCAGAACUGAAAGAAGCGGAGACGAUGGUCAGAUUCCAACUUAGACACGGAAAUGACCUUCUCGCAAUGGAUUCACUGAAAGACUGCGAUGUCAACGUGAAAGAACAAGGAAGGUUAUUGAGGCAAAAUGAAUUUCUAGUCUGGCAAGGAAAAGGUAGUAAAAAAUAUUACAGACACGUUUUCCUUUUUGAAGAACUGAUAUUAUUCAGUAAAGCGAGACGGUUUCCAGACCACAAGAAUCUUGAUAUAUACAUAUACAAACACAGCAUAAAAACAAGCGACAUUGGCCUAACCGCAAAAGUCGGAGAUUCAAAUACAAAAUUUGAAAUUUGGUUUAGAAAGAGAAAGCCAAAUGAUACUUUUACACUGCAGUCAAUUUCUGAGGAGAUAAAACAAGCAUGGACUGAAGAACUGUCAAACUUGUUAUGGAAACAGGCUUUAAGAAAUCGAGAAAUGAGGAUGGCUGAGAUGAACUCUAUGGGAAUUGGCAACAAACCCUGCUUGGAUAUUAGGCCAAGUGCUAAUCAGAUUAGCGACAGGUCGAUUAGUAUUGCUCAACUAAGCAAGACGGCCCCGAGAUUCAGAAACUCGAUAGCCGUCUCGCCUCAAGAGCAAAAUCAAAGGACCGGACGUCCUCAUUCAAUUAUUUCCGUGACGAGCAGCAGCGAUGCUGGAAGCAGCAGCAGCAGCAGUGCUAGCAUCAGCAGUAGCACGGCGAGCAGCCGAGAAGGCGUGGAAGGUACGAGGCAGAUGUCUUCGUCCCAAUGCUCGUCCGCAGAAUCCGGUAUCGUUUCCGACUGGAACACAUCAAGUUCGGUGACGUCAAACGAAUCUUCUCCACCUCACCGGGUGUCAGGUCACCUCUCGGUGAAACUGUGACAAAAGAAGUAAACUGACUGAUAUUUCAUUGUAUAUAUGUUAUACAUAAGUUUUAUUCUUGUUUUAUUAUUUUAUUAUUAUUAAUAAAAUAUAAAGUCUGUUUUAUUUUUUAUAGCAUCAAUAUUUCAAAAAAUUAUUUGCUUUUUAUCCGCUUUUUUGGCCUACUUUUUAAUGUGACAAAAAUUAUAUUUCCUAGUCAAAAAUGUAUAAUUGUACAGAACAAUUGACUCUGCUUUUAUAUCAAAUCCUUAAAGAAAUAACUGGUUCUUUGAAGAAGGAAACGCAAAGAUUUUGUAAAUAGCUAACCGUACCUAGUAACAAACUUGUACAUAACUUUAUGCACAAAAAAAAAA